UUUCAGGAUGGGUCCCAAAAUUCCUGUUCGAGGUUUAGUAGCCAGGCGCAAAAAAAUUCGAAUAGUUACAGCUGUGCUAUUCACAUUUGUCGGCGGAAUUUUUGCCAAAACUGUUGGGCAGUAUGGAUCUGAUGAUUUUCCAGAACUAGAUCAGCCCAAAAGUGCAAGAUGAAUAUACACACGGAGGCUCUUCAGCUAUACUAACAGCUUCAUUCUGGCAGAAGAGAGCUUGUCGAAAUGAACAGUACUGAAGCGUCGAGAAUCGAAUCAAUUCAUGAUUGAGUAAUAGAGCACCAGAUAUUAAAUUCUUCAGUGACAUUGAUACUUAAUUUAUUAAAUGGAUAUAGGAAGAUAAUUUGAUAAUGUCUAGUGAUCCAACACAAAUUUAACAGUAAUGAGGUAGAUAUUAGUUAAUUGAAGUAAUUUGCUGUUCUACCAAAGCAACGUUUUUUCUACAUUAAUUGCCCUGCCCCAUCACGUGGUGGUACCAGUAAAUAUGUUGGAGGAAAUAGCCAAUUUACUGUUCAUGUUGCGUGCACCUUUAUUAAUAUAGCUUUUUACAGCCAACUGUAUGAUUCCAUUUCUGGUCGUUUUAAUCGGUUAGCAUUUCUGUUUAUUGAAUAGUUCAUGACAUGUUUUCUAAAAUAUUGUCUCCAUGCUGUUUAAUGUAUAAUUUGUACAUACCAGUGGACAUUAUUAUAUUUUUACCAUAAUAAUAUGACAUGGCAGACAGCUUAGUCUGUUGUUUAAAUAUUUUAAUUAACCGUUCACAAUAAAAUGUGUAUAGGUGUGUCACUUAGGGCUAGAUUAUGAAUCUUGGAAGAUAGCAACUCAGCUGGCUCACAUGUGGAGUCACAGAGAAAACAGUUUCAACAAAUGAAAGUGAAUGGAAAUGGACAACCAGAACGAUUGGCUCUAUUUGCUCAAACGGACAGCGAAUUGAGUGAAAGUGAUGGAAGUGACCCGGAGGAGACAGCAUUUGAGCGAGAGUUUAUUGACAUCAAUAGAAGAAGAUCUAUGCGUAAACACAAAGAAAAUUCUACCACUUUGUCACCAAAUGCUUUGUCUAAUAAUAAGGUGGCACUGUCAGAGUGUAGUGUUAGUCCUAUUUCGAACAUGUCUGGCAGAUCCCAUAUCUCCGCUAAAACACCCUCCACCACGUCCGGACUUCCCUCCAGUCGAUCCUCCCGACUCUCUCAGCUGAACAAAGAGGAUCUGAGUGACAGUGAAUCAGAGGAGCCUCUGUAUAUCACCAAACCAUCUUCUCAUCUGCUGUGUAACAUCUGUAAGAGAGUUCUUAGACGCCCCGUCAUCACUCAAUGUGGACACACAUACUGUGCUAGAUGUGUGAUGAUUGGCAGAGUUAAGGACUGUCCCAUGGACGGUCAGGAACUAGCACUAGUCGUGGAAAACAUUGCACUUCGAGAACAAAUCGGUGGUUUGAUGGUGUACUGUAAGUUUGGUUGUGCUAUAAAGGAAGGUGGGGAUAAAGUCUACACCGGUCAGUCCUGCACGGACAAACUCACAUUCCACCAGCGCAAAGUUCACGAAUCCCAGUGUCCGUGGUCCAUCGUCCCUUGUCCCAACUCGGAGGAAUGCGGGACACUGCUAGCACGUGACGUGACAGAGCAUUUGGUGGAAUGUAAGCAUGCCACGUGUGAGAACGUUAAGUACGGGUGCGACUACAAGGGGACUAGUGGAGGGGUUGAUAGACACGAGGAGGAUUGUAAGUUCAGGGUAGUGAGGGGGGUUAUUGAGAGUUUCCGGGGCACUAUAGAGAACCUGGUGGUAGAGGUGGGUAAACAGAACAAGCAGAUAAAGGAGCUGAGGAAUGCUGUGUUGGUGAUGGAGCAGGAGAAUGUGCAGAGAGACAGGAAAUUGGAUCUGAAGUUGACAUUGCUAGACGAAUCACAGUCUCACUGCAACACCUCGCUUAACGAAACUAGACAGAUGGUCAACGAGAUCAGCACAGAAAUGAACAACGUUCAGUCACAGCUAGGAUUAGUCGGAAACAUAGAGCAGCACGUGUUUAAGUGCAAGGGAACCUUUGUUGGACACGAUGGUCCCAUCUGGAGUAUGGCUAGCUCGGGAGAUCUCCUCUUUUCUGGAUCCAGCGACCACACUAUCAAGAUAUGGGACACACUGGCAAACUUCACCUGUCUCAAAACACUACAAGGACACGAAGGAAUGGUGCUGGCCCUCUGCGUGCACAAUGGUGUUCUCUACAGCUCAGCUAGUGACAACAAGAUCUGUGUCUGGGAUAUCAAGUCCCACAGGUUACUGGAGAGUUUCUCUGCUCACAGUAACCCUGUGUGUACUUUAGCUGCUAAUGAUAGCUACUUUUUUAGUGGCUCUCUUAGAGUUAUUAAUGUGUGGGAUGUGGCAACAUUCCAAGCAGUCCACACGAUAGAUAACCUAAACCAUUGGGUUAGAGCCCUGGUUAUAAAGAAGAACAAAUUGUACGCUGGAAUUUACCAAGCCAUCAAGAUAUGGGAUGUUACUACUUUCGAAACUGAGAGGAUAAUCGACAUAAAAGGCGGUAGUGUGUACUCCAUGGUAGUAACAGAUAGCUGGAUAAUAUGCGGUACCUACGAGAAGGGUAUCCAGAUGCACUCCCUGCACAACGACCAGAGUCACGUACUAACGGGACACACUGGCACUGUGUACUGUUUGGGUUUCUACACAUCCGCUGGUCAUACACGACUUUUCUCAGGAGCCAAUGACAGGACAAUCAAGGUAUGGAAUGUUGACAGGAAGAUCCCGUCUCAGACUCUGGACCGUCAUCAGGGAUCAGUCUGCUGUUUGGUGGUUGCUAAGGGCAAAAUAUUCAGUGGUGCUAUGGAUUCUACGAUAAAAGUUUGGCAGUGACAUUCCUGGGCCAUUAAUACAGCUCUGGUACAACUUUAAUUUUACGAAAUCACCUGAUAACAUAAGUUUGGUGUUCCUACCUUCUUGUUUGUGAAAAUUAUGUGACUUGACGUUAAAGUUUAUUCGUUUUGGUCGAUAAUCAACUAAUCAGCUGUGAUAUUGAAACUUGAUGACGUCACGUGAUCGGAUAAUCGAAUACCGCCGCGCUAGAUGACAACGGUCCGACUCAAUGACGUUCAUUUAAUUUCAAAUUUUGAACUUUCGAUAGCUCAACGAAAACUUUGGAACUUUGUGCUUCAAAUCACCCCGUCAUAAAAUUAUUUAAUCAUGAAUUAAUUCGUUACAGUUUUUAGAAUUCUUUUCGUUGUUUUACUUUAAUUUUCAUGUUAUAUAAUUUAAUAAGUAUCAAGUAAUGAGUAAACCCAUUUUACAAGUUUGCAGCAG